UGUAGGGUUAUUAAAACUACAAAGGAAAAUAAUCAAAAAAAUCUAUAUAAAAGUGAAAUAAUUGAUUUUGCUCUUUCUAUGUUUGUUUCAUCUGUGUUGUACUUAAGUUGUAAUUAAGUCCAAUCAAAAUUAUAAUUUACAAUGAAGAAUUCAAAUAAAAAUACAUCAAAUUAUUUGAAGAUAGCAAAGGGAUUGAUGUUACUCUCCACAUAUUCAAUUUUAUUUCUCAUUGUUUACUAUCUCAUUGCAUCAUACAACAUUGGAGAAAUUGUACUUAGGUUGAGUUUAUCUUCAUUUUGUGGUCUAACAAAUAUGGCUAAUUCAAGAUUUAAUUGCUCUAUGACACCAUUUAUGCUAUCCAAUGAUGAUGAAACGGUGAUCUAUGAUAAGCAUUAUGAGCUUCGGAAGCUUCUAGAGGCAGCUUCAUCCAAGGAAAAAACAGUGAUAUUAACAUACAUAAACUCAGCUUGGGCAGCACCAAACUCCAUAUUUGAAAUCUUCCUAGAGAGUUUCAGAAUAGGAAACAAUACAGCUUACCUUCUUAAUCAUUUGUUGGCUAUUGCCGUCGACGACGCCGCCUAUGCUCGGUGCCAGACAUUAGUAUUCCAUUGCUAUCUUCUCAAAUCUUAUGAACCAUCAUCUGCAUUGGCUCAUCAAGCUACCUUCAUGACACCCAGUUAUUUGGAUAUUGUGUGGAGCAGACUUACUUUUCUUCAAACCAUUUUGACCUUGGGAUAUAACUUUGUUAUCACGGACAAUGAUGUUGUAUGGUUUAGAGAUCCAUUUCCACAUUUUACUCCAGAAUCAGACUUUCAAACAUCCUGUGAUCACUUCAAUGGAAGAGAAUAUGAUAUAAACAACCAUCCCAAUAAUGGAUUUCUUUUCGUAAGGUCGAACAAUCGAACAAUCAAAUUCUACGAAUUCUGGGCAUCCUCGAGACCAAAAUAUUCAAGUAUGCAUGAACAAGAUGCAUUCAACAGACUAAAAUAUGAUCCAGCAUUCCAUCAGUUUGGAGUAAAAAUAAGGUUUUUAGAUACAGCUUAUUUUGGUGGGUUUUGUCAACCAAGCAAAGAUUUGGACAAGGUUUGUACCAUGCAUGCUAAUUGUUGUGUUGGGUUACACAGAAAAAUUGCUGAUCUUAAUACUACCUUGAAUGUUUGGAAGACUUACCUUUCAUCAAAUCUUACUAAAUCAUCUAGGCCUUUUCAUGCCAACAAAUGCAUUGUGUAAUGCUUUUGUACCAUCAAUAUUGCUAGA